CUAAAAGUUGACUCGCGAGCCCCGGCUUUAUCAAAGCUGACUGAGAAAUCGUCCGUUCGCUAUCGGAUCUGCACCGGUGUCGUUUACGCGCUCAGAAUCCCACACCGUCAAGUGUUCUCGAGAGAGUAGCGGCCACAUAGAGCGAGCGCAUCGACCGCGCAGAGAACGUUUGCAGAGCUCUUUUGCCCGAGCAGUUGGUCGGUAGCUGUGUUUGCAAGGACUGUUCACGUCGUGUUCCACUUAACACGGUCGGAGGCCCCCCGCAGAGUCGCUUAGAUUUGACGCCACCCUGUGCCAGGCAACUCUCGUUCAGAGUGCAGCGAGCCACGUGUAGAAGAUGGGCCGAGUUCGCCAGUUCCGUUCCUUUUGCGGCAUCGAUGAGGUGUCCGCCACGAGCAGCCUGUGGAAGUCCAUGGUGGCCGAAUACAUCGGAACAGCCGUGAUCGUCCUCAUCGGCUGCGGCUCGUGCAUCAACUGGGGCUCGCCCGAGAAGCCGCAGGGCGAGGCCACCAUGGUGCAGAUCGCCAUUGGUUUCGGUAUCACCGUGGCCAGCAUGGUGCAGGCAUUGGGCCACGUGAGCGGGGGCCACCUGAAUCCAGCCGUCACCAUCGGGAUGCUGUUCGUAGGACGCGUGUCGCUGCUGCGCAGCUUCUUCUACCUGUGCAGCCAGCUCAUCGGAGGCAUCACGGGCGCUGCCAUCCUGCGCGCAGUCACUCCGGAAGCACGACACGGAGCUCUCGGCGGCACGUCACUAGCCGAGGGCGUCACACCGCUCAUGGGUCUCGGCGUCGAGGCUUGCAUCACCUUCAUCCUCGUGCUCACGGUGUUCGGCGUCUGCGACGCCAACCGGCUCGACGUCCAAGGCUCAGCGCCACUGGCCAUCGGUCUCUCCGUCACCACAUGCCACGUCUUUGCGGUGCGAUACACGGGAGCAGGCAUGAACGUGGCUCGUUCUUUCGGCCCGGCAGUCAUGUCUGGAAUGUUCGACGACCACUGGGUCUUCUGGCUGGGACCGAUCCUCGGAGGUGUGAUCGCUGCCGUGGUGUACGAGAACGUGUUCCAGGCUCCGCCUAUCACCAGCGAGGAUCUCGACAAAGCCCAGAUCAUGGCCAUGGCCAAGCUUACCAACAAGGAGGUGGUUGCCGAUCGCACCACGUCCAUCUGAGUGGCACAUCUGAGUGGCGCCGAGGCAGCCUUCGCGAUGCUUUGGUCGCGCACCGCGUGCCAGCUUAUUUAUCCCCAAGGUGUCGGAAGUGCGGGCUCUCUACAGUGUUGCUUCUUUCGGCCCUUGCACUCGGUUCCUAUCAUUGAGGUGCAGCGCGUGCGUCGAUGAGGCUUCGAGCGAAGCUAGCUAGCCGUCAUUCGUACGGAAGAGUUCACGAGCUGUAAAAAAAUGCCCACUGAUACCGGACUAGUCCGUUCGGUAUUGCGCCUGCCUGGCAGUUGACAACGACCACCAGCUUUCGCCUGUAUACUUGUCCGUCUCGCUUUUGUUAUUCACCACGUCUCGCGUCAUUUUUUGUUUGUUUGUUUACGAUGUAUCAUUGUUUAUCACAAACCAAUCACGUCGUAUCUGCAAUGCCAUGCGGAAUUUGUCAACGCUUUUUUACGCUAACUUGAAAAAAAAAAGCUCUAGAGAUGACAAAACCGCGGUGCUCACACUUCUUGGCACUCCACAAUAAAGGUGUCUGUGAAUCCUUUAUACAACGCACAGUGUUACGGCACUUCACUGUUUUAAAGAUAGUAAAAUUAGACAUGAAUAACAAAAAUCUGAUGACACUGUUCGAAAAAUUUACUGAGUGACUGUGCGCAGAAGACAAGGCGUAGGCAUUCAGGAAACUCCUUGAGGUAUAAUACUGGAAGCAUCAUAGCAGACGUGUGCAGAUCAUAGUUAUUUCAGAUGUCACCACAACUCAUGAGUGUCGUUCUUACCGGUGGACCAUACCAGCGAUUAAAGCCGGUAAUCUUACAUUCAUCAGACCACCACGCCCGGUUUCAUAGCGGGCAGGGCACAAGAGUAACACAUCAUUUUAAACCACAUAAUUUUCUGCAGGUUCAAAAAUAACUGAAGGUUUUCUGAGGAGAACAAACAGUUUGCAUACAAUGUCAUACACUGUCGUGCGCAUAGCGUGUACCGCGAAACGCUCAGGUGAUAACGUACGCCACAUUUCAUUUUAAAACGGCGUGCAUUGUUAGAACUUGUCUCGCGUGCAUUGACAGCGAGAAUGUUCAGAUCAUUUGGCAAUACUUCACAGUUAGCGUGAGAGAGAUGUAAAUACUGUUUCACUAACCACGUGGACACGCUGUUCACCCUGCAAGUGCUCAUGCACGCGUUCAACGAACCAGUGCUGUAAUUAAUAGUUUUGUAAUAAAAGAGAUAUUUAAUGCACGAA